ACUUCAAUCAAAUUAACUGAAUGUCGCUGCUAGGUAAAAUAUGCGAAAAGGUAACUGAAAGUAGUUAACAAUAGCGAACUAGCGGUAAGAAACGGAAAGUAUGAUAAACAAAUGUAGGCUAAAACUAAUGAAUGGUUGGAUUCCUGAAACUUGCUAGCCACCCUCAGCCAGUCCGCCGUUAAAAAAAAAGAAAAGUCAAGUGGCUACUCGAAGCAAAGCAACAUCACUUGGCUAACUGCUAACCGUGUCCGUCGCUAGAGGUUGACCUAGCACACCGCUUACUAGCCAUAACCUGACAGUUGUUUAUUGACACUGCUGUCAUAUAUUCCGUGUCAAAUUGACAGCCGAAGUCGUGUCGUUAGUUUAGAAGACAACUGCCUUUUGAGCGCAAGAUGUUAGCUAGCUAAGGCGGCGUUAGCUUUAGCAAAACAAGAGCUCUGCUUUGGGAGUCAGCUGACAGACCAGUGAUGGAUCAACUCAAAGUGAAGGACCGCAUAUUGGAAAACAUCUCCCUGUCCGUCAAGAAGUUGCAGAGUUACUUUGCAGCCUGUGAGGAUGAGACUCCAGCCAUCCGAAAUCAUGACCGCGUCCUGCAGCGUCUCUGUGAACACCUUGACCAUGCUCUGCUGUAUGGGCUGCAGGACAUCUCUUCAGGCUACUGGGUCCUGGUGCUUCACUUCACCAGGAGAGAGGCUGUCCGUCAGAUAGAUGAGCUUCAACACAUAGCAACCAACCUCGGUCGAAGUCGGGCAUGGUUGUACCUGGCAUUGAGCGAGAGCUCUUUAGAGAGCUACCUGCGGCUCUUCCAGGAGAACCAAGGAUUACUACAGAAGUAUUACUUCAAGAAUGCGCUGGUCUGUAGCCACGACCACCUCACACUCUUCCUCACAAUAGUGUCAGGCCUGGAGUUCAUUCGCUUUGAUCUGGAGCUGGAUGUACCCUAUCUGGACGUGGCCCCAUACAUGCCAGAAUACUACAAACCCCAGAACCUGCUGGACUUUGAGGAAAGGCUGCCAAGCUCUGACAGCUUGUCCCUGCAUUCCUUCACCUCCCUCACCUCCACCAACCUGGAGUGGGAUGACAGUGCCAUAGCCCCCUCAAGUGAAGAUUAUGAUUUCGGUGACAUCUUCCCCGUGUUGCAGUCAAUGCCAAGUGCAGACUGGGAAGAGGGUGACCUGACCGACCAGGCCAGCUGCCCGCGAUCCAGUGGCUCUGACCCCCAGACGGUCAUCAGCGACACAGUGGUCCUUUCUGCCGGCACCAUCAAGGUGAAGGUAGCUCAUGUUUCUCCACACAGUCCCACAUCUAGAUACAACCCCUUCAACGAGGACUCGGACACUAACACCACCAACACCUCAGCCGAUGUCACGCCAGUUCAUGUAGCCAGCUGUUACAAUACCGUCAUUACUGGAGAUGACACAGAGAGCACUAACAAUGAGCUGGAAGUCAUAAGGAUGGCCAGACGAAGGAAACCAGCCAAGAAGCGACGUGGAAAGGGCUCCACAGAUUCCAGCAGCAGCAUCCACAACUCAGUCUCCUCUGAGCAUAUGGAAAUGGACAACAGCCUCCAGGGCUCAGAUGAUGUAGAUUCUUUAAACUGCACAGUAAUUCAUCUUGACACUGAAGGAGAAUUGAGGAGAAGCAGGGCGGGAACUGAGGUUGUGGAGGAAGGGGAUGAAGACGGACUAGAAGGCCUGCUACGGCUCCCUGAGAUGACAGACACCUCCAUGGAUAACGUGGGCCAACCCCUCCGUGAUGUCAUGGACCGGCUCAACGGUGUUCUGGAUAAGGAAGAAGCCUGGGAUCACCCAGAGGAGGAGGAGGAGGAAAAUAGCAAAGGCUGUGAUCAGCGCUCCGAGCCUCCUGCACAGCAGCCCUUUCGAGAGGAUUCAGGCGGCAAGCCACCUGACCCAGCCUCACGGGAGACCCCUCUGGCCACAAGCCCCGACAUCCUGCAGGCCUCUCCCGCGUCAACAGACUUAUGCUGCUUUACCCCCAACAGUCCAGACUCUGCUCCCACGGGUGGUGGCCACCAUGACUCUACAGAGCAUAGCAAGUCGCAAACUCUUUCAGGUGGCCAUGAUGAUGAAGGAAAGGCAAAAGCGCCAGCAGGACAGGAGUCCAACAUGAAGAACGGAGGAAAUGACGUACAAGAAGGAGAGGAAACGGACACGAAUGCACUUACUGCUGAGGAGGCAGAAGAGCUACUACAAGAAGAGAAGCUUAGUCCGUCAGAAAAUUCUCAUCCUGCAGAGUUUAAGGUGGAUAACAAUCACUUGCUUCUUCUGAUGAUCCAUGUAUUCAGAGAGAAUGAGGAGCAGCUCUUCAAGAUGGCAAGGAUGAGUACCGGCCAUAUGGAGGGAGACCUGCAGCCCCUUUACCUGCUGCUGACUGACUGUUACAUCUAUCUGCUUAGGAAAGGUGCGGCAGAGAAGCCUUACACAGUAGAAGAUGCUGUUUCUUAUAAUGAGCUGGACUAUCUCUCAGUCGGCCUUGACCAACAGACAGUGACGGUUGUUUGCACCAAUAGACGAAGAAAAUUCCUGUUGGACACGGCUGAUGCCUCGCUGACUGUCUGGUUCCUGUCUAAUCUUAAGUCAGCCAUGGUUAAGGGUUGUCGUGAGCCUCCGUAUCCCUCCGUGCUGACUGAUGCCACCAUGGAAAAACUUGCUCUCACUAAGUUUGUCUCCCAGGAAUCUAACUGUGAGGUAUACGAAGUGUCUAUCCACCUGUAUUCACUGGUCCACUGGGAGGAUCCUAUGGACAUGAGUUUGUCACCCCAGGGUGUCCCAAGCUCUAGAUUAUCGUCCAGCACCAAGGAGGGGACUGUACAUUACCGGGCGGGAAACUCCUACCUGGGUAAAGAGCUGUGGAAAAGCUGCUACCUCGUCCUCAGCAAUGGGAUUCUGUACUUGUAUGCAGAAAAAAUUGAUGUGGCACCCGUACUGUCAGUCACCAUGGGAGGAGAGCAUUGUGGAGGCUGCCGUCGCUCAAACAGCACAGAGCGUCCCCAUGCCUUCCAAGUCAUCCUGACAGAGCGCCCCCCACUGGAGCUCAGCGCCGACAAUGAACAGGACAUGGCCGACUGGAUGCUGGUGCUCUGCCAGUCUGUCUCCAAAGGGGUCAUCCCUCAGGGUGUGGCGCCCACCCCUUGUAUCCCAUGUUGCCUGGUUGUGACAGACAGGAAGCUGCUAACUUGCCAUCAGGACUGUCAGACCAGCUUCUUCCGUUCACUGGGCAGCGCUGAUAUCUCUGACGUCACCACUGUCUGCGUGGAGGCUAACAAGGAAUACUGUGUCAUUGAGUUUGCAGCUGAUCGCUCUCAGUUCCUCCCUCCAUGGGUCUUGUAUUUCAGUGGAUGUGAAGAGAGAGAUCGAUUGCUGGAGGUGUUGGACAACACAUGGAAAGCCAUUUUCCAGGUUGACCUUCCCCACAAUGAGAUAUCAGAUCCAUCGGUGCAGAAGCGUUGUAGUGAGGCCCUCGCCCUGAUGAAGAGCGCCUGGCAGCGGGCAGACAGUCUGGCCCGUGGCAGAGCCCAGCGUGAGCCCUGGUGCUGACAUCACACACUAACCUGUGGGUAGCCACUGACACAGACUGAUAGUGAGACAGUCUAAUUUAGUUCUGGCAUACAUGGAUUUAACUCUGUUACUGGGUACAGUUGAGACCUCUAACUUGAAAGACUGAGAAACUAAUGGGAUAUGGUUACUGGUUGUUGUACCACAGCGGUAAACCGGUGACGCACCUCUAAUUCACUGAUUAAGUGUUUCUAUUAAAGAAACAUCUGUAGGAGUAACAAUGCAUAUGGAAAAUCCCAACAGAGUGAUGCAUCAGUAAGAUGUUCUCACAUGAAACGAAGUGAAUUAAACCUCCAUCACAAAGUUACAACAGAUUUUAUAUAUGUAGAAAUAACUGCAAUAUAGAAAAAAUAUGCUGAAUCACUGGUUGACCUUUAGUGACAAAUGGUGGUAUUUCGGCUGGUUUCGGGGAAGCUUCGGUGUCACAUGAUGUGAUGUGUAUUUUCCUGCUAAAUUGAGUCAUUGUUUUAAAAUGAGCACUGAAAUAGAGAUUUCCUCUUCUAACUGUUGACUCUGAGGUGAAGACAGGACUGAGAAUGAUAAAACCACAUUGAGGAACCUGAAUGAAGACAUGGAUUUAAAGUUAGAUAAGGAUCCCACAGCUUCCCUGCACAGUGACAUAAAAUAAUUAUUCAUGAUUUCAAUCUGUAUUCUUGUGGUGUGUAUAUAUAGCGAAAGCCAUAUAUGAAGGGGGGAAGCAGCUGCUUGUUUGCGAUGUGGAAAAGUUCACUACUUGUCUUGCACAAAACAAAAACUGAAAAAAAUCAGUAAUGCUUACUGUGGCUCGUACAACUAUGUGCAGAUAAAACUCACUCCUUGCUUUCUAAGAGUUCCAAAAUAUUCUGCUGAACUUUAACUGUGGUACAAUUAUAGAGCAAGUGGGCGCUGUAAUCACUAAUGGGUUUGGAUGUGUCGGAUAUUUGGUUUUGGUUUGGCGAAGGUCACGUACUGAACCUCUACACUGAAUUAUUAUAACUUUGUUUUUUCCUGAGAGGAUGGGGAUAUCAAUAUGAAGUGUGUGUGUGUGCGUGUACAUUCACGUUCACACACGCAUACAGUUGUAGUUGGAAGUUUACAUACACCUUUAAACAAUUUCACAAUUCCUGACAUGUAAUCCUAAUAAACAUUCCCUCUCUUAGGUCAGUUAGGAUCUCUACUUUAUUUUAAGAAUGUAAAAUGUCAGAAUUAUUUAUUUCAGCUUUUUCUUUCAACACGUUCCCAGUGGGUCAGAAGUUUUCUAUUUGGUAGCAUUGCCUUUUAAUUGGGUCGAACAUGUCUGAUAGCCUUCCACAAUCUUCUCACAAUGAGCUACUGGACCUCUGGCUUGUUCCUCCUAACAGAACUGGUUUAACUGAGUCAGGUUUGUUCGUCCUUGCCCGCACACUUUUUUCAAUAUAUCCUCUUAAUUGUCCUUCAUCAUGAUGUCGUCUAUUUGGCGGACUGCACUAGCCCUACCUGCAGCAAAGCACAACAUGAUGCUGCCACACCAGUGCAUCAGAGUUUGGAUGAUGUUCUUUGGCUUACAAACCUCUCCCUUUAUCCUCCAAACAUAACGAUGAUCAUUAUGGUCAAACGGUUCCAUUUUUGUUUCAACAGACCAGAGGACAUUUUUCAAAAAACUAAGAUCUUUGUACCCUUGUGCAAAUUGUAGUCUGGUUUUGCUAGCAGCGUUUGAGGUUAUGUCAUUAUAGGAAUUGUUUUACUGUGGAUAUAGACACAUUUGUAACUGUUUCCUGCAGUACCCUCAUAAGGCCCUUUGCUGUUGUUCUGUGAACUUUUUUUGAACUUUUUGCACCAAAGAACGCCCAUCUCUAAGAGACAGCGUGUCUCCGUCCUGAACGGUUUGAUGGCUGCAGGGUCCCAUGGUGUUUAUACAUGUCUACUUUUUUUUGUGCAAAUGAACGUGGUACCUUCAGGUGAUGGGAAAUAACUCCCAAACCAAACUUGCAGAGGUCCACAUUUUCCUGGAUUAUUUUCUUUGAUUUCCCUGCUAUGUCAAGCAUAGAGAUGAUGAGCUAGAAGCUGUUUAAAAGCAUUGUCAACUUAGUGUAAGCAAACUUCUGACCCACUGGAAUUGUGAUAUAGUGAAUUACAAGUGAAAUAAUCUGUCUGUAAAUGAUUGUUGGGAAAAUUACUUGUUUCAUGCACAACAUAUAUGUCCUAACAGAGCUGCCAAAACAAUAGUUUGUUAACAUGAAAUCUGUGGAAUGGUUAAAAAAUGAGUUUACCUAAGUGUAUGUAAAUUUCCGACUUCAACCGAAUGUAUUUCUCUCUUGCACUGUUACAUGACAUGCUCAUGCUCGUUUCCUCGAUCUGAGAUCUCGCUUUACCAAUUUAAAUGUUGUCAUGAAUUCUAUCAGGAAAUGCAACAGACUUGCCUUCUUCUCCACUGUGUAGAGACGAGUGGAGGCUUCCAUGCAGACUUGCACAUUGUUUCGCUGUUUGUCUUUUUUGAAUGGGGUCAGUUGUUGUGGUUUUAUGUUAAUAUCUUUUUUUUUUUUUUUUUGUCCAUUUCCAUUUUAGAGAAAGUGGGAACAACUGUAACUAAAUUAUUCAGCGUGGUGAAUAAUUGGAGUGGUGGCAAAAAAUAUUUUCUUGGUAUAUAGAUGUUUGUGUGUCUGCAUUAGCAGAAGUAUACUUCCCCAGUAGUGUGGAUAGUUAGAGAAGAAUUAUGGUCUGUGUGAAAAAACAAACAGCAAAGCAUUAACAAAGGAGAGCUACCAGUUGUUUUAGCUGCUCCAUUAUAUUUUGCACCAGCGGUUGGUGGCAUCAUACUGUACUGCACAGUAAGAUCCAGCCACUCCACUAAAUUAGAUCAUGCCAUUAGCUGUCAUAUAGUGGUAUAGGACCAUGUUUGAGGUUUAUAAUACCUUUUAUAUAGCCUUUCAACUUAGAGCAAGUAUAGCAUCUGUUCAUAACAGAUGAAAGCUUUUGAAUGACCUGUAAUAUCAUAUAAUAAUAUGCUUUAUUUGGAGAAAGAAUAAGAAUUAGAAAGCAAACACUUUUUGGUUUCCCUACUGUUUUGGUCAGUAGAUGGAAAUGCAUGCGUCCUUGACAUUAAUGCUGAUUAAUCUACUGCAGUGUGUAACUGCAGUAACUGCAUUGCAAGGCUCAAAUAAGUGUGAGUUUUCUUUUGCAAGGACAAUAUUGCCUUUAUGACAACCUUGACUAAAUCGGAUGAUAUGGCCAAUUCGUUUAAACUAAAUGAAUCACCUUUUCUUUCUUUUUUUCCUUUUUGUAGUUGCCUUACAGCGUAUAAUGUGGCUGACUUUAUUCGAAUUCUUAAAACAAUCAUCAAUGUUCAUGUUGUGGUUCUGGUUUCUUUUGUGAGACAAGUCAAAAUACGUGCUGUACGUAGGUUUAAGUAUCAAACAAACACAGAAGUAAUGGCAGUCAUGUACAAAAAUUCAGGUUUUGAAUUCAUACCAGUCUCAAAAACUUUCAAACAAUACCAAGAACCAAACAUAUGUCACAUAUAUGUAUGUUUGUAUAAAUGUAUGUCUCUCUCGGCUACACUGUAAUACUCUUGUCAGCAUUAAUCAGUGCUUUAAGCCUUUUCUAAGUGCCACUUGGUCUCACUUAUCUUCUGUUCCUUUACAAAGAAAUCUAAUCUCAGGUGAAAAAGGUACUUCACAUCCAAAACCUUAAAAAUCACCAUGCGGUUUUUUUAAUAUUACUGCUGUUUUGUCUAAUUCAUCUUUUUUUUUUUUAAAUCCCUGUUUUUUGGUUCCUUGCAUGCGCCAUGGAACAUUAAGUUAUUUUGCGCACAGAGAGGAGGCUGCAAAGUGAUAUUAAAUGGUGGAAAAGGUUUUUACCUAAAAGUCCUUUAAUAAUUCAGUAGAUUUCCAAACAUGAUUUGAUGGCUGAGGAGUUGGAAUCGUUUCCCUCACUGAUUACUGAAGGGCUUUUUGACCCGGGAGAGCACAGUUGCAAUAGUUGGACUUACUUGAAAUGUUUGUUGGAUUAUCAAAAAAAAGAAGACAUUUACUGCUUGGAGGAGUUAUGGCCCUUGAAGUGUAUAUAAAGGAAAAAGUCAAAGUUAGUCUUUCUGAGCAGUGUUUUGAAUGUGGGACAUUGCUGGCCAAUGAUGGAUGACAUCUUUUAAGCGAUGCAUUUGAAAAAAAGAAGCACUCUUUGAUUUUUGUUCAUAAAUGUAUACUGCAUGUAAUAUUUGUAUUAUGUUUAGCAGUUUUAUUGAAUUGUAAAUAGAGCACUAAUCAAAUUUAACUCACACUCACACAUACAGACGUGCAUGUCCGGAGGAUUUUAUACAGUUCAUAAUGGUAAUACAUGUACAAAAAAACCUUUGUGAAAUGGAUGGCAUAACUGAAUAAAUUGAAAUGAAACCUUG